CGCCGGCCGGGGGAGGCCAGCGUUUUCGGAAGGGAGGGGUGGGCUACGGCAUGCCUCCGAGUUGUGCCGCCCGGCCCCGCGGUGGCUCGGCACCCCGCUCCUGCUUCUCGGGCCUUUUCUGCCCAGGAAAGCCCCGGAGAAGUUAGGGCGAACUGUGAGAAACAACGAGUCGGCAUUGACAGAGAAGCUUCUCUGCGGUGAGGCGGCGCCAUCUUGCAGUACGGCAGAAAAGCUGUGGCGGGCGCCAUUUUGCACCUGAGCGAGAGAUGAGAGGAGCCCCGCUGUUUUUCGCCGCUUGGGCGCCGCCAUUUUAGGUUACGGCAGAAUCUCCGCCUUCCCUAGCGCAACCUCAUAGGGCGCCGCCAUUUUGGCUUACGAACAGGACGGCGACCCGCAGGGGUCCUCACCCCCUCCCUUCCUCCCUUUAGGUGUCUUCAUAAAAUGCCCGUGGAGAAUCACCUCUUUUUUCGCCCCGCUCCCAAGAUGGCGUCGAUGCGGGAGAGUGACACUGGCCUGUGGCUGCACAACAAACUGGGCUCCACAGACGAGCUGUGGGCGCCGCCGAGCAUUGCCUCGCUGCUCACGGCUUCGGUGAUCGACAACAUCCGCCUCUGUUUCCACGGCCUCUCCUCGGCCGUCAAGCUCAAGCUACUCCUGGGGAUGCUGCACCUGCCCCGCCGGGCGGUGGAUGAGAUGAAAGGGGCACUGACUGAAAUUAUCCAGCUCGCUACCUUGGAUUCAGACCCCUGGGUCUUAAUGGUAGCUGAUAUUUUAAAAUCCUUUCCAGAUACUGGCUCCCUUAACCUUGAUCUUGAAGAACAGAAUCCCAAUGUUCAAGAUAUUUUAGGAGAGCUUAGAGAAAAAGUAAGUGAAUGUGAAACUUCAGCUAUGUUGCCGUUGGAAUGCCAAUACUUAAACAAAAAUGCCUUGACAACACUAGCUGGGCCACUUACUCCCCCAGUAAAACACUUCCAGCUGAAAAGGAAACCUAAAAGUGCCACACUCAGAGCUGAACUCUUGCAGAAGUCAACAGAAACUGCACAACAACUUAAGAAGACUGCAGGAGUGCCUUUCCAUGCCAAAGGCAGGGGACUGGUCAAAAAGAUAGAUACCACAACACCACUCAAAGGAAUACCAAAACAAGCUCCAUUCAGGAGUACUUCAGCACCUAGUGUAUUUAGUCCUUCUGGAAACAGAACUCCUAUUCCUCCUUCAAGAACACCUUUGCGCAAAGAAAGAGGAGUGAAGCUUCUAGAUAUCUCUGAGCUGGAUAUGGUAGGUGCUGGCCGUGAAGCAAAGAGAAGAAGAAAGACAUUAGAUACAGAAGUUGUGGAAAAGCAAGCCAAAGAAGAAACAGUAGUAGAAAAUGCUACCCCAGAUUAUGCUGCUGGCCUUGUGUCUACACAGAAGCUUGGCUCAUUGAACAAUGAGCCUGCACUACCUUCUACAAGUUAUUUACCUGCUACCCCCAGCGUGGUGCCAUCUUCCUCAUAUAUCCCAAGCUCUGAAACACAGCCAGCUGGCUCUGCACGAGAGGCCUUGCAGACUAACAGACAGACUGAAGAACCUGCAGCUCCAAAUGCUACUACAACUCUGCCUGCACAAUUCAAACAAAGAACACCCAUGUACAAUAGUAACUCUAAUCCACCUGCAGCUACACCUACCUCACCCCUAACACCUACCACACCUCCUGCCAUUUCACCUGCGGCACAAGCACCGCAAGUGGCCCCCCAAACUCAGCAACAGCCACCACCGAAAAAAAGCCUCUCUCUCACAAGGGAGCAAAUGUAUGCUGCACAGGAAAUGUUCAAGACUGCAAACAAAGUUACAAGGCCAGAAAAGGCUCUUAUACUUGGAUUCAUGGCAGGAUCCAGAGAGAAUCCUUGCCAAGAGCAAGGUGACAUCAUCCAAAUUAAACUUAGUGAGCAUACAGAAGAUUUACCAAAGGCAGAUGGCACUGGCAGCACCACUAUGUUGGUUGAUACGGUCUUCGAAAUGAACUAUGCUACUGGUGAAUGGACCAGAUUCAAGAAGUACAAACCUAUAACUAAUGUUUCCUAAGAGAUGCAGCAACAGCAGACUGGACCAAAUCAAGCUUUGAGUCAACCAGCUCAUAGAGUAUGUCAACUGUACAAAAUGGCAUUCAUGUGUACGUUUCUUAUUACCCUCCAAAGUAGAAGUUGUGGCUCUUCAACCUAACUGGGCUCAGUGAACACAGGAGAUGAUGGUGUCAAACUUGCUUU